AUGACGAACACGAUAAGAGUACCUGCGCCAGCCGACUUCCAUGUCCACCUCCGCCAGGAGGAAAUGGCGCGUCUGGUUGUGCCCCAUGUCCGGAAAGGCGGCUUCUCUCUCGCCUAUGUCAUGCCCAACUUGAAGCCCCCGAUUACCACUGCCGCUCUUGCUCUGGAAUAUAAGGCACAACUUCAAGCCAUCGACCCAUCCGUAGAAUAUCUCAUGACGCUAUACUUGUCGCCCGAUCUUACCCCGGACGACAUUAUAAAAGCAAAAGAAGCUGGGAUAGUGGGAGUAAAGUCAUACCCUCGUGGGGUCACCACAAACUCCGAUGGCGGGAUAGAGUCCUACGAGAUCUACUAUCCUGUCUUCGAAGCUAUGCAACGCGUCGAUAUGGUGCUUAAUCUUCACGGCGAAAUACCCUCUGACCCUCUCACUGUGAGCAUUCAUGUUUUCGUUAUUCUCUCGUUGAGUCCCAUCCAGAAUACUUGUGUUUUAAACGCCGAGCCGCAUUUUCUACCACAUCUUCACUCUCUCCACAAAGCUUUCCCCCGCUUACGAAUCGUUUUGGAACACGCAACUACGCGUGCCGCUGUCGAAGCAGUCAAGGCUUGUGGGCCUACCGUCGCUUGCACUAUCACAGCGCACCAUCUGGAUUUAACUGUAGACGACUGGGCCGGCCAGUCAUUUCAUUUCUGCAAACCUGUGGCCAAGUAUCCAGACGAUCGUCAAGCCUUGCGAGAAGUUAUCCUAGAAGGUCACCCUCGCUUCUUCUUGGGCUCAGAUUCGGCCCCACACCCCAUCGAUUCGAAAGCUAUAAGCACUGCAAGCCAUGGUUGUGCUGCUGGAGUUUAUACCGCGCCGAUACUCCUGCCUCUAUUAGCCCAUCUCUUAGAAUCUUUUGGAGCAUUGGACAGACUCGAAGGCUUUGUCAGCACAUUCGGAAGACGUUUUUAUCAACGCGAACUAGAUGCAACCGAUCCUGAGGUUAUCAUUCUGCAACGAGCUGACGCGUUUGUUGUCGAGGACAAGUACGAAGCUGAACAAGUAGACGUGAUCCCAUUCUGGGCAGGCAAACGCCUCGGUUGGCAGAUAUCAUCCCAGUGA